AUGGGUAAAGAUGGUGAUAGAAGAGCUUCCCAGAAGUCAGGCCUGUCAGUUGAUGUACUCAAGGAAGAACAUGCAAGACUAGUCAGACGGGAAAAGGAACUGGACAGUCAUUUUCUGAAUGUCAAGGCUAUUUUCCAAAAACUGGAGGAAACCUAUCAGUCCUCAAAAGGAACCUUUUCAAUUUCACGAUACGGCCAGUUGAAAGAUAUGAUUAAAGGAGCCACCAGUGAUGAAACAUUUAGGAAUCUUCAACAAAUUAUGCAGGACACAUCUUCUAGUAGCACCUCAGGAAAGGGUAGUCUGUCAGGCUUGCUGGGCAGAGCCCAAGAAUUUUCUGGAGAGGCCCAAGAACAGAACAAGCAAGUGGAAGCUGAGGCUACAGGAAAGAGUGGUGGAAAAUUGUCCAGUUUUAUGAAAAAACUGAAGAAUGUGACAGGUUUCAGUGAUGAGCCAAUUGCAGAUGAGGAUGUGAUGUCCGAAGCAGAACUACAGAGAGACAAUGCUAGGAAGCAGCGAGCCAUACAGCACCACCUUAAUCAAUUUUCGAAAGCACUUGCCAAGUUGGAAAAACUGAAACAUGACUAUGAGGCUUCUAAAGCACAUGCCCCACCGAAGCGGUAUCAGGAUUUGAAAGACAUGAUUAAGAUAACUGUUGCUGAAAAGUUUUAA